AUGUAACCAUGAUGCCCACAAUAAUCUGGGUUUGUUCUGGCCUUCAUAACAAGUCUUUGUCUUGUGUAAACUGAGCAGAGCGAAAACACCCUCAGAAGUCAUGAUUAAGAAGAAGAGGCUCAGGGCUGACAAAGCUUCCAGCAGGUUAAUGAUUACAGCAUCUCUGCUUAUCACAGCUCAUGCUCCACUGUGUGAGUAGCAGACAGUGAGCCACCUCAGUGUUUUGGUUUUCAAGUGGACAGCGAUGUCAGUACAGCGUGUGUGUGUGUCGGACUUUGAGAAGGAAGCCAGGAAAGUUCUUCCUAAAGCUGUGUAUGACUAUUACCGCUCAGGAGCUGAUGAGCAAAUCACACUGGCUGACAAUGCUGCUGCCUUUAACAGGUGGUAUCUUGUCCCUCGGGUAUUGAGGGAUGUGUCCACGGUGGAUCUGUCUGUCUCUGUGCUGGGCCAGAAGCUCAGCAUGCCUCUCUGUGUUGCAGCUACAGCAAUGCAGAGGAUGGCUCAUCCUGAGGGAGAGACGGCUACUGCAAGAGCAUGCAGAGCAGUGGGAACAGGGAUGAUGCUAAGCUCCUGGGCCACCUCCACUAUAGAGGAAGUGAUGUCAGCAAUGACAACCUCACUGGGCGGUGGGGGUGUCCUGUGGCUGCAGCUUUACAUCUAUAAGGACAGAGAGCUCACACUAUCAUUGGUCCAACGGGCAGAGGAGGUGGGCUAUAAGGCUAUCUUUGUUACUGUGGAUACGCCAUACCUGGGGAAGAGAUGCAAUGACAUGCGCAACCAAUUUAAACUGCCCCCACAUCUGAGCAUGUCUAACUUCUCAACAGCCUCUCUGGCUUUCUCUGAGGGAAACUAUGGCAAUGACAGUGGUUUGGCUGUUUAUGUUGCAAAAGCAAUAGACCCCACUCUCUGUUGGGACGACAUCACCUGGCUGAAAAGUCACACAAAUCUACCUGUGAUUGUGAAAGGAGUCCUGAAUGGUGAGGAUGCUGUCCAGGCUGUGAACUAUGGUGUUGAUGGCAUCCUGGUGUCCAAUCACGGAGCUCGACAACUGGAUGGGGUUCCUGCCACGGUCUGUCUGGAUGUGUUGGAGGAGGUGGUGAGGGCAGUGCGGGGUCGCUGUGAUGUCUACAUGGACGGAGGAGUGAGGCGAGGGACAGACGUCCUAAAGGCCUUAGCGCUAGGAGCAAAGGCUGUCUUCAUUGGCCGACCAGUGCUGUGGGGACUCGCCUGUCAGGGGGAACAGGGAGUUACUGAGCUUCUUGAACUUAUAAAAGAGGAGCUGCGACUGGCUAUGGCCCUAUCAGGUUGUCGUUCUGUAUCCGAGGUGAGCAGGUCCCUGGUCAGGAGAGUGGAGUUCACCUCCAGGAUGUGAGAGAAGAAACUGCUGUGGGAAUCACAUGACAAAACAUUCUUGAUGAUCACUGGACACUUUAAUUUUACUUUUUUAAUUUGAUUCAGACUUGUUUGUUAAAAUGUAAUGCCACAGCUGGUUCUGCUGAAAAUAAUACAUCAUCAAAUAAGUGUAAUACCAGUCUUGAAGAAAGUGAAUAAAGUGGGACUGAUUAAAGGGGUACUCCACCGAUUGUACACAUAAA